GGGCUUGAAAUUCGGCGAGAAGUAGAUCGGGUCGACGUCGGCGUGGAGUUUUUGUGCCUCCGCCAUUUGUUGUUUUUGCUGUUUUGUUUGCUGCUGUUUUUGCUUGCUUUGCUUAGAGAAGGCCGCCUAGCCGUGGACCGCCGCGGGGUCGGCUUUUUACGCAGCACUUUUUUACGUCGCCUGCAGCGGCGGGAGCGUCUUUUCUCGCGCGAUUUUUUUGCUGUGCUGCUGGUUGCUUGUAUUCUAAAGGUCUGUCCUUAACACAGUCCACGCCCGGGCCUGGCAAGAUGGCUAAAAGCGCCUUUUGGCUCUGUUAUAUUUUUUGUGCUAGCGGCCGGUAAGACACUAGCAAGCCUCUCAAUUUGUUCAUCGCACGUCACCGCCGAACAAGGACACCGAGGCUGCGAAACAAAGAUCGGAAAUAGUCUACCGCGAGGUCUCUGCGAGUCUGCUGUGCUUUUUCGAUCUCGAAAGGGCAUCUAGACGCAAUUUACGAGGUCCAGGUGUAAGCUCUCUCUAAGAAUUAUGAACACUCUCGACAAAGGAGCCAUCGGUGACGGUUUCGAGGACGUGGCCAGCCCGAUCGCAGCCAACGAAGCCGUCUCCAAGAGCGACCAAGAAGACGACGGCAUCGUCAUCGCGACGCCGAGCGAGAGCUGGGUCUUGCUCGACUCCAAGAGCGACGACGAAGAGGUGACGCUCGACGAAGCGUCGACGGCGUCGCGGCGCCAGCCCGGCCUCAUCGCGGCCGCCGUCGCCUGCGCGCUGGUCGUCGCCGCGGCCGGCGCGUUCGCGGCCACGCGGCCAUCCGCCGUUGUCAAGCCUCCUCCGCCGCCGCCGCCCGUGAAACGCUUCGUCCUGGCUUCGGCCCUCGACAGCGUCGCCGCGGCGGCCGCCAAGGUCCGCGCCGACGGCAUCGACGCCCAGUUCGAAUUAGCAACAGGGCUUGACGGCAAGCUGGCGCCGGGCGGCGGCCGUGCGGCUCGAGGCGCUCGCGAAGCUCUCCGUGACACGCUGUGUUGAAAUCAAAUUUCAAGGCGCCCCUGAUGCAUUCCACAUAGGCGGCGCGCCUAGACAAGCUAGACGAGCAGUACGGCGCCCAGGAGAAGCUCGACCGCGCGGUAGUCGUGGUCUCGGACUACGUGGAGAACGCGUCGCUCUCCGACGCCCGAAAAGCUGCCUCGGGCAUCACGGACGUCGUGCUUGGCGGCGCUUCGUCGCUGGCGGUGAGCGUCUUCGGCGACGCCGCCGUCGAGCGGGUCAAAGAGGAGGUCGUCGACGCGAGCGCGGCGCUGGUCGGACUCUUCCCGGAGUCGCACCGGCCCGAGGCCAAGACCCUGGCGACGUCGGUCGCGCUGGGCCUCGGAGGUCUCGCCGUCGGCGUACCGUUCGUCCCCGGCAUCACGGACAACCUCCUCGUCGGCGCGGCGCGGGCGCUGGCGUUGCCGCCUCUCCGGCGCGAGAGAACGACACGCGCGUCCCCAUCCACCCCAUCCCUGUCCCGUUGUGAUCAUCGAUUGGCGCUACCGCAUGCCAUAAAACAACAGAGUUA